ACAAUUAGAUAAGUUCAUGGAGGAUAGGUCCAUCAAUGGCUAUUAGCCAAGAUGGUCAGGGAUGCAACCCCAUGCUCUGAAAGUCCCUAGACCCUGAUUGCUAGGCGUGGACAACAUGGGAUAGAUCACUCGCUAAUUGUCCAGUUCAUUCUCUCUGAAGCAUCUGGCAUUGGCCACUGUCAGAAGACAAGAAAUUGAGCUAAAUGGACCAUUGGUCUGACCCAAUAUGGCCAUUCUUUUCUUAUUUAUUAAAUGAAGAUAUAGUCUCUCAAGGGAAAUAGCAGAAGCCCAGUUGACUGGGAUAUUUAGGACUAGACUAGAUAAAGCACUGAAAAUGGUAAUGUUAGAAAUGAAUGUUCUAGCAGUGGCAGGGAGCCUGAUAGAGUCUAACAGAAAUUAGACAUGGGAUAAGAACUAAAAUAAUUUAUAAUUAAUGUUAUAGUAUAAGGAAACAGCAGUCACUAUCAUGGUUUGCUCCAUAUUGACUGCUUUUCCUUUGGUUCUUAAAGGUUGUUAUUGUUGCUUUCCUGCACAGCAACUAUGAGUUUUGGAACCAUGGAUGUGUACUUGAAUGAGAUAGAAAACAAUCUGCAGAGUAUUUUGUACAACAAAGAGGAGGACCAGGAGAAUGAAACCUGGAAGAUGUACAUGGAGAGGAAGAACAUUGUGCUGGAGUUCCUGCACUCUGACUUGAGUCUCCACCUGCUGAAACGCCACCAUAAGCGAAUUGAGCUUCUGAAAAAGUGCUCUUAUUACAUUGAAAUUCUGCCCAAGCAUUUGGCACUGGGAGACCAGAACCACCUCAUGCUGCCCACCACUAUGUUCCAGCUAAUUGACCCCUGGAGAUUCCAGAGGAUGAAGAAGUUGGGAACAGUCCAAACCAAAAUCCAGCUGUUUCUCUUAACUGACCUGUUAGAACAACUGGAACAGGGGCGGGAGGAGCUGGUCCACUUCCUGGAGACCUAUGACAUGGUAACAUUCCUCGCCAGGUGGGACUUGGUCAAGCAAAAGCUGUCAAAUCUGUCUGAGCUGAUGGAUAAUUUCCUUGCCAUGCUAGUGCCAGGACGGCUGUAUGUCAAGCAUCGUCUGGUGUCAGAUGUUGGGGCUACCAAAAUCCCACACAUUAGGCUUGUUUUAAGUACCAAGAUGCCAGUGAUGUUUGAUCGAAAGGAAUCAGUGGCACAUGAGGACUGGGUGAGCCUCAAGUGGUUUAUCACAAGUCAACAGUCACAGCCUGAACAGUAUGAACUCAGGUUUAAGCUACUGGAGCCCCGAACCCAGCAAGAGAGGAUCCAGUGUGGAAUAAUGCCGGUCAUGUCCAACAUGUGUGAAAUCCGGAACCUGCUGUCUGACAGAUCAUAUAGAUUCACAGUUAAAAGGGCAGAGACUUACACACUCGUCUAUGAACAGUGGCGCGAUACCAUCACAUUGGAGACAAAACCUUACCCUGAUGAAGGCAUGGAGAGCACCAUGUGCGAACCCUGACGGAUGAAGCAGCAGCAGAGAAUUUUCUAAUUUUAUCAAUUCAAAGAAGUUGAAUAAGUAAAAUUUAAAAUGU